UGCGGCGGCCGCGGGGGCCGGUCUCGCGCGGUGCAGAGGUGGAGUCGCCGGCGGCGGAGACGGCGGUGGCUGGCGACGGAGGCGGGGGCGGGGACUAAGGAUUGUGAGGUGGGGAAUCGGGAGUUUCUGGAUUCUUUAUCCGGUAUCUUAAGUGCCGUUGGGGAGCUGUCGUUUCUGCAGUAUUUGGAGGCGGCUGGGGCAGCAGGAUCCGCGGCCGCUGUGGCGCAGAGAGUAAGAAAGCCUGAGUUCUGUGAAAAACCAGAGAAGAGAAACUAAAAGAAUAGUAGACAAGGUUUUUCCAAUUUGCAUAAUUAGAUUAUGAACACUCCAAGGGAGAUGACCAAAAUGGGAUUUUAAGUGAAUUAAUACCAGGUUACAGAAGUUUUGCUGGGAGUCAAAGAUUUCCUUCAUGGAUACAUUUUCAUAGCAUUAUUAUGUGAUGGGAGAAGUUUUUUUUUUUUUUGAAGUAACAUGGAUUUUAUACUACAGAAUCAAGAGAUUGGCUUUAUAGGAAAAAUUGAUAUAUAAAAGUGGUACAGGUUUUUAUAGAUAACCAUGACAACAUCCCAUAUGAAUGGGCAUGUUACUGAGGAAUCAGACAGCGAAGUAAAAAAUGUUGAUCUUGCAUCACCAGAGGAACAUCAGAAGCACCGAGAGAUGGCUGUUGACUGCCCUGGAGAUUUGGGCUCCAGGAUGAUGCCUGUACGUCGAAGUGCACAGUUGGAGCGUAUUCGGCAACAACAGGAGGACAUGAGGCGUAGGCGAGAGGAAGAAGGGAAAAAACAAGAACUUGACCUUAAUUCUUCCAUGAGACUUAAGAAACUAGCUCAAAUUCCUCCAAAGACUGGAAUAGAUAACCCAAUAUUUGAUACAGAGGAAGGAAUUGUCUUAGAGAGUCCUCAUUAUGCUGUGAAGAUAUUAGAAGUGGAAGACUUGUUUUCUUCUCUUAAACAUAUCCAACAUACGUUGGUCGAUUCUCAGAGCCAGGACGAUAUUUCACUGCUUUUACAACUCGUCCAAAAUAAAGAUUUCCAGAAUGCAUUUAAGAUACACAAUGCUGUCACAGUGCACAUGAACAAGGCCAGUCCUCCGUUUCCUCUUACUUCCAGUGCUCAAGAUCUUGCACAAGAGGUACAAACUGUUUUGAAGCCAAUCCACCAGAAGGAAGGACAAGAAUUAACUGCUUUGCUGAAUGCUCCACAUGUUCAGGCGCUUCUACUGGCCCAUGACAAGGUGGCUGAGCAGGAAAUGCAACUGGAGCCCAUUACAGAUGAGAGAGUUUAUGAAAGCGUUGGCCAUUAUGGAGGAGAAACUGUAAAAAUAGUUCGCAUAGAGAAGGCUCGAGAUAUUCCACUGGGUGCUACAGUUCGUAAUGAAAUGGAUUCUGUCAUCAUCAGUCGGAUAGUAAAAGGAGGUGCUGCGGAGAAAAGUGGUCUUUUACAUGAAGGAGAUGAAGUUCUGGAGAUUAAUGGCAUUGAAAUUCGGGGGAAAGAUGUCAAUGAGGUUUUUGACUUGUUGUCUGAUAUGCAUGGCACUUUGACAUUUGUUCUGAUUCCCAGUCAACAGAUCAAGCCUCCUCCUGCCAAGGAAACUGUAAUCCAUGUAAAAGCUCAUUUUGACUAUGACCCUUCAGAUGACCCUUAUGUUCCAUGUCGAGAGUUAGGGCUGUCAUUUCAAAAAGGCGAUAUACUUCAUGUGAUCAGUCAAGAAGAUCCAAAUUGGUGGCAGGCCUACAGGGAAGGGGAUGAAGAUAAUCAGCCUCUGGCUGGGCUUGUUCCAGGGAAAAGCUUUCAGCAGCAAAGGGAAGCCAUGAAGCAAACCAUAGAAGAAGAUAAGGAGCCAGAAAAAUCAGGAAAGCUAUGGUGUGCAAAGAAGAAUAAGAAGAAGAGGAAAAAGGUUUUAUAUAAUGCCAAUAAAAAUGAUGACUAUGACAAUGAAGAGAUCUUAACUUACGAGGAAAUGUCACUUUAUCAUCAGCCAGCAAAUAGGAAAAGACCUAUCAUUUUGAUUGGCCCACAGAACUGUGGCCAGAAUGAAUUGCGUCAGAGGCUCAUGAACAAAGAGAAAGACCGCUUCGCAUCUGCAGUUCCUCACACAACUCGCAGUAGGCGAGACCACGAAGUAGCCGGUAGAGAUUACCACUUUGUUUCUCGGCAAGCGUUCGAGGCAGACAUAGCAGCCGGAAAGUUCAUUGAGCAUGGCGAAUUUGAGAAAAACUUGUAUGGAACCAGCAUAGAUUCUGUACGUCAAGUGAUCAACUCUGGGAAAAUAUGUCUUUUAAGUCUACGUACACAGUCAUUGAAGGCUCUCCGGAAUUCGGACUUGAAACCGUAUAUUAUUUUUAUUGCACCCCCUUCACAAGAAAGGCUCCGGGCAUUAUUGGCAAAAGAGGGCAAGAAUCCAAAGCCAGAAGAGCUGAGAGAAAUCAUUGAGAAAACUAGAGAGAUGGAGCAGAACAAUGGUCACUACUUUGACACGGCAAUUGUGAAUUCAGACCUUGAUAAAGCCUAUCAGGAAUUGCUUAGGUUAAUUAACAAACUUGAUACUGAACCUCAGUGGGUGCCGUCCACUUGGCUGAGGUGAAGGAAGCCCUUCCUGUGGCUCGAUCGGACUUGAUCUGGCAAACUGCCAGUACGAAGGUAAACCUGAUACUUCAGCAGGACUCGAAGGGUAAGGUGGCAGGCAAUGUAGCCCUGUUCUUCGAUCUCAAACUAGUGAGAAGAAAAUCCCCAUAAGUAAUUGUGCACAGCAGCCUUUAUUGUAUGGCUUUAUGUUCUUGCCUCACUUGGGGAUUCUAAAUGGAUGCUUUCAACAGAGCAGUUCCAUUUUAUCCUCGUAAAAACCUUUGUUUUCACCUAACUGAAUCUUUUCUGCCUAGUCAUAUUUUCAUGAAGUGUGUGUAUAUCCUCAGCAGUCCAUGUCUCACAUAGUUACAAAUAAUUGAUGUUAUUUAACAGUUAACUUAAAUGAUUUCAUGGGAGUGGGGGGAAGGGGCUAGGGACCGUGCUUCUGUGUACUGGGCAAGACUUUAUUUGUUAAGAAAACUGGUUUAGUCAUCAGAAAUACUUUGCUUAGAUUUCUUUUAUGUGCUGCAAGUAUAAUAUACACAUCAGAUUUCAAUAACUUACUACAAAAAUACAUUGUGUUGUUUAUAGUGAUUCUAAAAAAAUUUUAAGGUGCCACUUUGGUCUGGAGCCACUCUGUUAGGCUUGAAUUCAUUUGUAUGUCUUUUAACUGUUAAGAAACAUUCCAUUAGAAGCACCGAUUUUUAGCUCAAACUUUGUGGAUCAGACUUUACUGCACACUCAACAGACUCUGAUCUAGUUAAGCAUAUACAACAUGCUGCUCUUUUUAAUGAUUUUAUGAGUUUUGUCCUUAAAUUGUCACAACUAGAUAACCAUGCUUUUUCUCUACAUAGUACGAUAGAAUGUAUGUUACAUUUUUAUGAAUGGUAGGUGUUCAUGUAAACUGUUGAGUGCUUGAGUUUCUCAUGACGCAGUUUUUUAUGUACAUGAGAGGACUAGCACAUCUGCGUUUUUGCAUUUUUAUAUGUGAGCACAGUAUAAUUUGAUGACUGUGCUGUAUAUAGGUAAUAAACUGGAAUUCUGUGAUGAAUAUAGCUGCUGUACUGUAAACUAAUAUUUAAUAGAUUGACAAAUGGUCAUUGAUAACACUUGUUCAGCAUUGUACUAAAAUUUUAUCUGAGGGAAAUACUAUGAGUUGACUUUGAGAUCAGGAGGAAAGGAUGACCUGAAAGUCAUUUGAACAUUUUAGGAAAGAACAUAGGGGGACAGGAUGGUUGUGCAUAUAUAAAGAGGUUUUUAUCCUAACAGGGUCUGCCUCUUGUGACCAUAAUACAACAGCUUACUAAAUCCUGAAGGUUUAAGCUAAUGGGAUUUUCACACUGACAUGGAAAGGUAAUUUGCAGCCUCUUCAAGCCUUUAGGGAUGGUGUGAUGUGACGAACAACCUCAAAUGUGAAUAUCUUUGUUGUAUUUUUACGACUUUAGUUACAGCAUUUCCUGUUCUCAAAGCUAAACACUGGAAUAAUAUUGUCACAUAAUUUAAUGUAAGCAGUUGUUUCUAAUUAGUAGUUUGUCUCAGUGUCAUGUAUAUAUUUGAUUUCCUCUUAUACAUAAUUUUAAUUGAACAAAUGUAGAUGGUUUAUAAGUUGCCUUUUUCUGUUCAAAUUUGCAUGGCCUUGAAGUUGGCUGCAGAGUGUCUUAUAUGGAAGUACUUUACAGAUACUGUUCAUUAGGAAGAAAAUAACAUUCCUCAGUUAGCAGGAGUGCUCUACAUGCCGUCUCUUCAGGUCUGAAACACUCCAAGUAUUUCAUAGCAGGAAAUGGGAAGCUCACGCUAAUUUUCAGCAUUGAAAACCAAGGAAUAUAAGUACUUCAUCUUUUCAGUCUUGCAGUUUACUUUCCCCUCAGGAAUGAAAGGUAGUCUAUGGUAGACAGUGGAGUUUUGACAGCGGCUUUCGACCCUAAGAUCUAAACUGUUGGAAGUUUGAGUCCCGAUAGAAUGAGAUUCCCGGUAGUGUCACUAUGUGGCUGUCGCUCUGUCCCGUGAGUUAGCCUGCAGGUAGAUCCACACUAGGCCCCAUGCCAUGGGACUCAGACACAGCUUCAAGGAGCAAAUCCCCUCCCAAGGCACAGGCUGUGCCAUCAUACACUUGAAGGAGUCUGAGGCAAGAUGAUUUUGGGGUCGAAGUCUUACGGUUCUUGCCUGAUCGGCAGAGGUGCGGCAGAGGGACAGGAACGUCAGCCCCAGCAAUGUGGCUGUGCUGAUACCACACAGCCCCUAAACAGAGUAAACACCGAGUUGUUGCCGACUGCCUUCACACAGAGUGGGCUUCCUUGCCAGUUACCUAGCUACUUGUCCAGCCAAGUGGCCAGGUCCGUGUCCUGUCCCUCUGGUUCUGACUGGAGACCGUCGUAGGGAGGUCUCAGCCACUUACAGGAAUGACACCAGUAGCUAACAGACACAUGUUAGUUCAAACAGGGAAAUAUCUUCCUUUACUAAAUUUUCUUAAGUCAGAACAGAUGGGAAGGAAAAGAGCAUUUAUAGACUCAUCCAGAUUUGCUUUCUAUGAAAAUCUAAUAUCUGGAUUUUCCCCCCAUUUUUCGUGGUUUAAGGAGUAUCGAUAAGGAAUAGUUUGAAUGUAAUUUCUUGAAUGUGUGUGGAAAACACGAACCAGGGAUUUAGCCUUAAUAAGGUAACCUUUCUGACAUUUAUCAUUAAUCCUCCUUUGUACUCUCGUCCUGUACUUGCACUCUUAUUUUGAGAUGUCAUACUGCACACUGUAUUGUAAAAAUAAAAUUAUAUUUCAAAUAAA